GACGCCUCCGCGGCGGGCAGCGGGAGGGAGAGGCAGGCAGGCAGGCCCUUCCCCGCCUCGGCUCCUCCGGGCGCCCGGGCUGGCGGGCAGGGACUCCUCGGAAGUUUCUCUCCUCCCGUCCCCCGCCUCGCCAGGCUUGGAGGCGGUCGGGCAGAAAACCACGACGGAGCCGCCGGGAGACGCGCAGCAUCUCGGCCGGCAUCAUGACAGAGGGGUUUGAUUGUGCAAGCUGCAAGGAGACCCUCUAUGGGCGCAAGUACAUCCAGGUGGAUGAAGGGCCGUUCUGCAUCCCUUGUUACGACGCCCGCUUUGCCAACACCUGUGAUGAGUGCAAGGAGCUCAUCGGACAUGACUGCAGGGAACUCUACUACGAGGACCGCCAUUACCACGAGGGCUGCUUUCGGUGCUUCCGCUGUGACCGCUCCCUGGCCGACGAGCCCUUCACUUGUCAGGGGGACGAAUUGCUCUGCAACGACUGUUACUGCCGAGAGUUCUCCUCCCAGUGUGUUGCUUGCCAGCAGGUGGUCAUGCCAGGUUCCCGGAAGCUGGAGUACAAUGGGCAAACGUGGCAUGAGCACUGCUUCCUCUGCAGCAGCUGCCAGCAGCCCAUCGGAGCUCACUCCUUCAUCCCUGACAAGAAGGACCAUUACUGUGUCCCCUGCUACGAGAGCAAAUUUGCACCCCGCUGCACACACUGCAAGAAGUCGUUGACCAAGGGAGGAGUGACCUACCGGGAUGAGCCAUGGCACAAGGAGUGCUUCGUCUGCACUGGCUGCAGAGUGCCGCUGGCCGGGCAGCACUUCACCUCCCAAGAUGACCAGCCGUACUGUGUGAAAUGUUUUGGGAGCCUCUACGCCAAGAAGUGCAGUGCGUGCCUGAAGCCCAUCACAGGAUUCGGAGGGGGCAAAUAUGUCUCCUUUGAAGAUCGCCACUGGCACCACGACUGCUUCAGUUGCUCCCGCUGUGCCACUCCACUGGUGGGGAAGGGCUUCAUCCCAGAGAAUGAGGAGAUCCUGUGCCGUGAUUGUGCCAGCAACAACCUCUGAAAUGUCACAGACCAGCUUUGUGUGUGCCCAAGUGUCUUCCUGGAGCAGCAGGGCAAGGGGAGUGACGCCCUCCACCAGGAAGGUGCUGACCCCUCUCCUUCCUCUGACCUGGGUGGCCGGUCUCAGGCUUGCUCAGGCAGGACAUCCCCGUGAAAUAGCACUCCCUCCCCCUCACCUCCACCUUGAGGUCCAGCAAGGUAUUUUGCAAGUCUCCACAGGUCUGGGAAGGUCUAGCGGCCCCAGCUCGAGGAGGGGGUGGGGUGGAAUGUCCCAGGCAGAGGUGGCUGCGGGCCAAGCAGGUCUUGGCUCAAUUAGCAGAGACCUCUGGAAUAGGGUUGCCAACCUCCAGGGGAUGGCUGGAGAUCUCCCAGAAUUACAACUGAUCUCUAGGCCACAGUGAUCAGCUCCCCUGGAGAAAAUGGCUGCUUUAGAAGGUGGACUCUACAGCAUUACAUUCCUGCGGAGCUCCCCCACCCCAAAGGUUGCCCUUCUCAGGUACCUCCUUCCAAAACGUCAGGAAUUUCCCAACCUGGUGCUGACAAACCCUACUCUGGAACCAAAACCUUCCCCCAGCUAGAGGUUUGGGUGAAAUGGUCCCCAGCUGCCAAUGCAGGCAAUCCUCUUUUCUGCAGCAAGAGUCUCACGUAUCUUGCUUGUAGGCGGGGGGGGGGGGGAGACAAAGAAAAGGAAAGCCACCCCCAGUGUACACUUGGGGUGAGGCCUGCUGCUUCUUCUGCCCCCCUCACUGAGCAAGCAUGCCUGAGUGCCAAAAAAACCUGAAGGGGGGUGAGUGGAAAGGGAAAGAGGAGCAGACAGAGACAUCUCUGGUUCCCAAUGCUGCCCUUUACACCCAGAAGCGAAGCAGAGGUAAUUGGCCCCCCUGAGUGGGCAGGGGCUGGCAGAGCCCACCUUCUGCAACCCUGCCAUGCAGGAGAGCAGGCAAACUGGACCCUCCUGGCCUGACGAGAGCUCCCCGUGCCUUUGCUCUGCCCUGGGUUUUUUCUCUCCCUGGGUUUUUUCCUUUCUUCCUCUUCUCCUGGUGGGGGAGGGAAGCAAAGCCCGUCCCCUCCUCCUCUUCUGGAGAAAGGUCAGGCAAGUCACCAGCGCUCAGAGGCUUUGCUGGGGGAAGGGGGGGGUCUGAGCACCACCCAAGCGUUUCGUCAAGAUUUUUUCAGGGGGUGGGAGUGCCUCCUCUAGUCCUGUUCACUGCCAGUAAUUGUACGUGCCUCUCCCCCUCCUGUUUCCGGCAUUGAAUAAUAAACCAUGUUAAUGGAC